AUGUCUCAACAUAGUAAUUUGUGGCCUGAAGGUGUCACCAAAGAAGGGGCCCAGUCCUGCGAAUAUUGUGCGAAAAAGAAGCGUGAAUGUAUCCCAAGUAGUAAUUACAGGUUCAAAGUCGUCCGAUCUGUUCCGCGACGACGAUACGGAGACAGGAGCAAAGUUUACUUUGUCUACAGUCCAUCGCAGCCUUGGGUUGCGACGCCUGCGACUGGCCUGGCGGAAGAGACAGCUAUCUCGGGCCUCGUUCGCUUAAGUGACUGGAGCUGCAGUGUGCAGACUUCACUGGGCUGCGAACCGAACGACUCACGUCAUAUGGAAGAGCAAGAGACCGAGCCUUAUGUUGAUCAGGCCCUUACGUUUGAAUCUUGUGGUGUACUGUCGAGUCCUUUGGUAGAUUUUGCCAGCAGCGUGUCUUCUUUACCCUUUGACUCCCAUGCCACGCAGUCACCGUUGCUCGGACAGAGCCCGUCGCCGAUAUGUCUAUCAGACCACGAAGCUCGCCUUGUCCGUCACUGGAUUGACAAUCUGUCACCGUGGACUGAUGCGACGACCUCCAAGGCGGAUGCGGGAGACCCUCGGAAUCAUUUCGCUACCGUGGUGCCGCAGCGGGCUAUGUACCACUCGACUCUCCGACUUGCUCUAUUGGCUGUGUCUUCCAAACAUAUGAGUCUCUUAUCCCUGUGCGAUCGGGAUGACGGCAGCCAGUACUAUGAUGAGUGCAUUUCGCAUUUGAUCCCGGCCAUCUCGCAAAUUGAAGAGAGCGGGGAUGAAAACGUGCUCGUGGCCACGAUUCUACUGCGCAUGUAUGAGGAGUUUAGCGUCGAAGACAACCGGUGCCAUCUCCUCGGAAUAACCCGUCUCGUUGAGUCAGUAACGAAGUUCCUAUCAUCCGGUGGUCUGGGAGAAGCAGCAAGCUGGGUUGUCCUCCGCCAAGUGAUCUAUAUCAUCCUUGUUUCCAAAGAAGCCAUAUCCAUCCGGCUGGAAAACUUCAAACAAUCCAGUUCGUUUCUCAAGAGAGACGAGUACUCCUGGAGCAAUAUAAUGACGCUUUUGCUGACAAAGGUCCUCUGCAUGGCAUUUGCGCCACAGGACAACAUCUCCGCUGAAGACUGGAGGCGAUUAGAUGCGGAGAUUAAUGAAUGGGACGCCUCCAAACCGGACACCUUCAAGCCGUUGACCGUGCGGCAGAGCAAACUUGAAAGCCGGAAUGCGUUUCCUGAAAUAUGGAUGCUGGGUAUUUGCCAGGGUAUGCACUUACUCCUCUUCUCGGGACUGCAGGAACUGCUCAAUAAAGCUAAUCAACACCACAUUGAAGUUGUUGCGAUGCAGCACUUUCACGUGGCCAAGAUAUUUAUCAAGAUACAUGAGCCUCUUCAGGCAAAGCCGGGAUUUGAGAUGUUCAAAGCAUACGCAGAGAAGGAGGUAUAUUUCGUGUGA